UGUUUUUCCCCCCCUCUGGAAUGUUGUAUCAUUGAGGAAUAUUACAAUUGAGACCUUGACUAUUUCUACACCUCGUGCAUUUUGUGGAUGUAAAAUAUUGGACAGAACAAUGAGGCGGCAAGUAUUAUUUUUCUUGAUUUUUGCUUUCAGCUCAGCAGGCGGGCAAGUUACUUACUCUAUUCCCGAGGAGAUGUCGAAAGGCUCGCUCGUUGGUAAUAUAGCGCAAGAUUUAGCAAUAGAAGUGAAAAGGCUAAAGUCGGGUAAGGCUCGCAUAUAUACAGAGGACAAUGCGGAGUACAUCGAGCUGAACAGAGACAGAGGAGUCCUGCUUGUGAAAGAGAGGAUCGACAGAGAGGCGCUGUGCGCGCAGACAACACCUUGCGCUUUGCAUCUUCAAAUCACGUUGGAGGACCCGAUUGAAUUUUACACAGUCACAGUUGAAAUCAAUGAUAUUAACGACAAUGCACCGAGUUUUAAAAAGGAGGAGAUGAAAUUUAGGAUUAGCGAGUCGGCUGUGAUCGGAGCAAAAUUCGUUCUCGAAAGAGCUAUGGAUCUCGACGUGGGAAUGAAUGGAUUGCAGAGUUAUUCGUUAAAACCCACAGACAACUUUCAUCUGAAACUUCACAGUCAGCAGGAUGGGAGCAAAAAGGUGGAGAUGGUCUUACAAAAACAUUUAGACAGAGAGGCGCAGGAUCACCUUUCCUUAAUGCUCACGGCUGUCGAUGGUGGCGACCCUCAGCUGUCGGGGACAAUGCGAGUAGAAAUUUCAGUGCUCGACGUGAACGACAAUGCUCCUGUAUUUACACAAGAAAUCUAUAAGGUCUCUAUAACUGAGACUGCUCCUAAAGCUACAAUUUUGUGCACCGUGAGUGCAUUAGAUGCUGACGUAGGGUUGAAUGGAAACGUGCUGUAUUCUAUAACAAACACGUUAGAUGACGUCUCCCUUUUGUUUAAAAUUGAAGAAGACACUGGGGUUGUGUCUUUGAUUGGAAAUUUGGAUUAUGAAAAGGCUCAGACAUAUGAAAUACAUGUACAGGCUAGUGAUGAAGGGGGACUGACAGAUUCUUGUAAGAUUAUUGUUGAUGUAACCGACACCAAUGAUAAUCACCCAUCUAUUAACAUCAUGUCUAAAACCAAUUCUGUUUCAGAAAAUACCAGGCCAGGAACUGUGGUUACAAUAUUUAAUGUUCAGGAUCCUGACUCAGGUGAGAACGGAAAAAUAACUUGUGAUAUUAAUGAUGGUAUGCCUUUUUUGAUGAAAACAACAUCAAAAAAGUUUUUUAGCUUAGUGACAGAUAGUGAUUUAGACCGAGAGAGAUCAUCUGAGUAUAAUAUCACAGUCACCUGCUCUGAUGAGGGAGUGCCCUCUCUCUCCAGCAGCAUCACUCUCACCUUACAGAUCUCUGAUGUGAAUGAUAAUGCACCUGUCUUUGAGAGAAGCUUAUAUGAGGCCUACAUAGUAGAAAACAACACACCAGGCCUCUCUAUACUCACAGUGAAAGCCACAGAUGCUGACUGGAACCAGAACGCCCGUGUUUCUUACAUACUGGAGGACUCCUCUGUUAACGGAGUGCCAGUCUCCUCAUAUGUGUCCGUCAGUGCAGACAGUGGAAUCAUCCAUGCAGUGCGCUCUUUUGACUACGAGCAGAUCAAAGAUUUUCAGUUUCUUGUCAAAGCUCAGGAUGGAGGCUCUCCUCCACUCAGCAGCAACGUGACAGUGAAAAUCCGGAUCCAGGACCAGAACGACAACCCCCCUCAGGUCCUGUACCCAGUGCAGACUGGUGGCUCUGUGGUGGCUGAGAUGGUGCCUCGUUCAGCAGAUGUGGGCUAUCUGGUGACCAAAGUGGUGGCUGUUGAUGUGGACUCUGGACAGAAUGCCUGGCUCUCAUAUAAACUCCAGAAAGCCACAGACAGAGCGCUGUUUGAAGUGGGAUUACAGAAUGGAGAAAUCAGAACUAUCCGCCAAGUCAAUGAUAAAGAUACAGUCAAGCAAAGACUGACUGUCAUAGUGGAGGACAACGGACAGCCCUCUCGUUCAGCGACAGUCAUUGUGAACGUGGCGGUGGCGGACAGCUUCCCUGAAGUGCUGUCAGAGUUCACUGACCUGAUCCAUGACAAGGAGUACAAUGACAACCUGACUUUUUACUUGGUGUUGGCUCUGGCUGUAGUUUCCUUCCUGUUCAUCACCUGUGUGGUGGUGAUUAUCUCAGUGAAAAUCUACAGAUGGAGACAGUCCCGCAUCCUGUAUCAGUCCAACCUGCCUGUGAUUCCAUAUUAUCCUCCACGUUACUCGGACACUUUGGGGACAGGGACUCUCCAACAUGUGUACAACUACGAGGUGUGCAGGACGACAGACUCCAGAAAGAGUGACUGUAAGUUCGGCAGAGCUGGUAGUCAGAACGUGCUGAUCAUGGACCCCAGUUCAACAGGGACGAUGCAGCGGAUUCAGAGUGAGAAGAGCAUCCUGGAUGAACCUGACUCUCCUCUAGAGGUUAGACUUCAACACUAUUUUCUGUGA